CCGUUCUCCCUGCAUCAUUCUUCGUGUGGCUCCCUCUCCAUCGCACAAACGAUUGCUCGCUCACUUUUGGGUUCUUCUCACCUCGCUCGCCACCUCUAGCUUUCAGUCUUUCGUUUUGAGCAAGAUGGUGAGAAUGCCUGGAGCUUUGCUUGCUUUCGUGUUAGCCUCCGCGAUGUUAAUCUGGGAUGUGCCAGUCACUGCCCUUACCAUUCCUUCGGGUGCAGCUACAAUGGGUAAAAUUGGUGGUUUGUUACGAGAGUGUCGAUGUGGUUGCAGGUCGAGACAAGGACGCGUGGCCUGAGCUUCUUCAUGAGGACUGGGAAGUGGCAAAGGCCGCGUUGGAGUCCAGCGGGUUUGUUCAGAAUGUGUACGUGCAGCACCCCGGUGGAUCCAGGCCUGCCAACAUCGGCAGCCCCGCCGAUAUUUGGCUCUACACAGACGGCAGCACCACGUACGAGAUCCCUCGACGUGGGGUCUGGCAUCCUAACCGGUUGGUUCCAGGUUGGCCGGAGCUGACCGGCACCUUCUACACCGCAGCGAUUGCGAAAAUCAAGUCAGAUUAUCUCGGUGUGACUGUUAUAUACAGCCCCAAGGGCUCACCAGUUUACACAACCGAGAUUCGGAUGGACCGCGUCAUCGUGAGCAUCAACAGCACCGAUGGGACGGUGCUCGGGGUACCCUCGGUCUAUUAAGAGCUCGAAGCAACUGAUUCACAUUCACAAACUGAGAAUGCAUAGUCCAGAGUCAUAGUCCGUUUUUUAGGUCUGUUAGUUUUCCUCAUGCACACCCUCUUCGAGUCCUUGGCCUUGUUCUCAACUUCCAGGAAUAAAACUGUUUUCCUGUCUCGUGUAUGUUU